AUUAGUUUCUCUUACCUAUGUCAACAUCAACGACAAAAUAAAACUUCUUUUGGUUGAGCCAAGGAAAGGAAACCUCAAACUCUCUCUAGACAUUCUUUUGUUUCCUCAAACAAUUCAAACAACCAAUCAUCAAUGUCGGAAGCUUCAAAACAAAGGUAUGCAGUAGUAACAGGGGCAAAUAAGGGGAUUGGAUUGGAAACUGUGAAGCAGUUGGCCUCCAAUGGAAUCACCGUGGUAUUAACUGCCAGAGAUGGAAAAAGGGGUCUUGAAGCAGUUGAGAAAUUGAAAGAGUUUGACCUCUCUGGUCAAGUGCUUUUUCAUCAGCUUGAUGUUACUGACCCUGCUGGUAUUGCUUCAUUGGCGCAUUUCAUCAAGACCCGGUUUGGGAAACUUGAUAUCUUGGUAAACAAUGCAGGGGUUGGUGGAGUGGAAGUAGAUCUUGAUGCGUUUUUAGCAUUAUCCAAAGAAAAUGCUGGAGAAGCUCAAUGGAGUAAAACAAUGACUGAAACUUAUGAGUUGGCGGAAGAAUGCUUGCAAAUAAACUAUUAUGGUGCUAAAAGGACAGCUGAAGCACUUAUUCCUCUCCUCCAGUUUUCUGAUUCUCCAAGAAUUGUUAAUGUUUCCUCUUCCAUGGGCCAGUUGCAGCACAUAAAAAAUGAUGAGUUAAAAGGAGUUUUUAGUGAUGUUGAAAGCCUUACAGAGGAGAGAUUAGAUGAACUUUUGGCAGAGUUUCUAAAAGAUUUCAAGGAGGGUUCACUAGAAGGUAAAAAAUGGCCAACUUUUAUGUCUGCCUAUAGACUCUCAAAAGCAGCCAUGAAUGCCUAUACAAGGAUUUUGGCAAACAAGUAUCCCAGCUUCCGAAUCAACUGUGUCUGCCCUGGCUUUGUUAAAACCGACGUAAACUUCAAUACCGGAGUCUUGCCAGUCGAAGAAGGCGCUGCGAGUCCUGUGAAGUUAGCCUUGCUGCCAAAUGAUGGUCCUUCUGGCCUCUUCUUUCUUCGGACAGAAGAGGCAUCAUUUAAUAAAGCAUUCACAAACUUUAUUGUCACUACAGCACUGCUGCCACCCAACGACAAGUCGUCUAGCCGUUUAUAUGGGAUGUAUUUUCAUGGAAUUGAAAUCGAAAUUCAUCAGCCAAAAUUAAUGGCUGAGCUCUGGUUUUUGAAGAUUAAUAGUAACAUGAGACAGCCGGAAAAGUGUGAAAUUGUAGAAAAAGAAGAAAACCUCAAAACACGAACAGCCCAAUCAUCAAUGGCGGAGGCUACACAAAGGUAUGCAGUAGUAACAGGGGCAAACAAGGGGAUUGGAUUGGAAGCUGUGAAGCAGUUGGCCUCCAAUGGAAUCACUGUGGUUUUAACAGCUAGAGACGAAAAGAGGGGUCUUGAAGCUGUUGACAAGUUGAAAGAGUUUGAGCUUUCUGGUCAAGUUCUUUUUCAUCAGCUUGAUGUUGCUGACCCAGCCAGCGUUGCUUCUUUGGCAGAUUUCAUCAAAACCCAGUUUGGGAAACUUGAUAUAUUGGUGAACAAUGCAGGGGUUGCUGGAGUCAAAGUAGAUGUUUCAUUGUCGUCGAAAGGAGAUGCUGGAGAAGGUCACUGGAGUAAAACGAUGGCUCAAACUUAUGAGGUAGCAGAAGAAUGCUUGGAAAUAAACUAUUAUGGUGCUAAAAGGACAGCUCAAGCACUUAUUCCUCUGCUCCAGUUUUCUGAUUCUCCAAGAAUUGUUAAUGUCUCCUCUUCCUUUGGGCAGUUACAGCACAUAAAAAAUGAUCGGUUAAAAGGAGUUUUCAGUGAUGCUGAUAACCUUACAGAGGAGAGAAUAGAUGAGAUUUUGAGAGAGUUUCUAAAAGAUUUCAAGGAAGGUUCACUAGAAAGCAGAAGUUGGCCUACUUUUAUGUCUGCCUAUACACUCUCAAAAGCAGCCUUGAAUGCCUAUACAAGGGUUCUAGCCAACAAGUAUCCCAGCUUCCGAAUCAACUGUGUCUGCCCUGGCUAUGUUAAGACCGACUUAAACUUCAAUUCCGGAAUCUUGCCCGUCGAAGAAGGUGCUGCAAGUCCUGUAAAGUUAGCCUUGUUGCCAAAUGAUGGCCCUUCUGGCCUGUUCUAUAUCCGGUUGGAAAUGUCAUCAUUUUAUGCUGUAUCUCUAUGGAGAAAAAAAUCUUCAACCGACUACUGUUACAGUUCUGUCUUUGUUAAUAUGCUGAAAUAUUGUGGGAAUUCUGAGCUGGUGAACAAUGCAGGGGUUAGUGGUGUGAAAGUAGAUGUUUCAUCAUCGUUGAAAGCAGAUGCUGGAGAAGGUCAUUGGAGUAAAACCAUGGCUCAAACCUAUGAGGUAGCGGAAGAAUGCUUGCAAAUAAACUAUUAUGGUGCUAAAAAGACAGCUGAAGCACUUAUUCCUCUGAUCCGGUUUUCUUAUUCUCCAAGAAUUGUUAAUGUCUUGUCUUCCUUCGGGCAGUUACAGUUAUUCCUGAUCCUUGAAACAAUCCAAACUGUAAGCCAAAUUCAUUUAAAAAAAAUCGAAACUAUAACCCAAGCAACGAUGUCGGGAGCUACACAGAGGUUUGCAGUGGUAACAGGGGCAAAUAAAGGGGUGGGAUUGGAAGCUGUGAAGCAGUUGGCCACCAAUGGAAUCACCGUGGUUUUAACAGCUAGAGAUGAAAAGAGAGGUCUUGAAGCUGUUGAGAAGUUGAAGGAGUUUGAGCUUUCAGGUCAAGUGCUUUUUCAUCGGCUUGAUGUGACUGACCCUGCUAGUGUUGCUUCUUUGGCACAUUUCAUCAAGACCCAAUUUGGGAAACUUGAUAUCUUGGUGAACAAUGCAGGGGUUUUGGGAGUGAGCGUAGAUGUCGAUGCAUAUUUAUCAUUGAUGAAAGGAGAUAAUAGAGAACGUGAUUGGAGAACAGCAACGACUCAAACUUAUGAGCUAGCUGAAGAAUGCUUACAGAUAAAUUACUAUGGUCCUAAAAGGAUUAAUGAAGCACUUAUUCCUCUUCUCCAGCUUUCUGAUUCCCCAAGAAUUGUUAAUGUUUCCGCUUCCAUGGGGAAGUUACAGUUUAUAGAAAAUGAUUGGGCAAAAGGAAUUUUUAGUGAUGUUGAAAGCCUCACAGAGGAGAGAAUAGAUGAGGUUUUGAGAGAGUUCCUAAAAGAUUUCAAGGAAGCUUCACUAGAAUGUAAAAAUUGGCCAACUUCUACCUCUGCCUACAUAGUAUCGAAAGCAGCCGUGAAUGCUUAUACAAGGAUUCUAGCCAAGAAGUUUCCUAGCUUCCGAAUCAACUGUGUCUGCCCUGGCUAUGUCAAGUCUGACAUGAACUUCAAUACCGGCACCUUAUCUGUCGAAGAAGGCGCUGCAAGUCCUGUGAAGUUGGCCUUGCUGCCGAAUGAUGGCCCUUCUGGCCUUUUCUUUUUCCGAUCAGAAGUGUCAUCUUUUUAAAAUUUUGGGAUCCAUUGUUCGAGACAUUUUUUUCUUUGUGGAAUUUUAUGUGAACUCUAUGAUGAUGUUGUGUUAUGCAGUAUUCUAAAUUCUCUCUUAACGAGCAUGUACUUUUAUGUUUUUAUAAAACUUAUAUUAAUAAGACUCGGAUUCCAUUA